UCGAUCCUCGUCCAGCUGCACACACGUCACAGACGCGAUCACGCUAAAGAUCGAUAGAUGGACGAGACGGCCGCGCCACAGCCCGAGGCGGUGUCGCUCCCGGAGGACGCCGUCCGCGAGAUCCUCAUCCGCGUGGAAGGCAUGGCCGCUCUCUUCUGCUGCGCCGUGACGUGCAAGAACUGGAGCCACCUCGUAGCCGAUGCCUCCUUCUUUCGUCGUCGCUGGCCCGAUGAUCACAGGGUGAGCCGCUUCCUUGCCGGGUUCUUGGCCCCAAAACGGCUCGACCGUAUGGACCCCAACUUCCGGACAUGGGAGCCCAUGUUUGCGACGUUUUUCGUCCCGACGCCACGGUCGGUGUUCGCCCGCCGCUCCCUCAUCUCCUUUUUUCCCGACGCCGACGCGUGCCUUCUCGACGGCGCCGAGCCGCUCACUGCGCGCCGCGACCUCCUUCUCGUGCGCCUGUCUCCGGACAUAGCUCCUGGCUAUAAGUACGGCAAGUCUGUCGUUCAUCUGGCUGUGUGCAAUCUGCUCAUUGGCGUGUGCGAAGUGCUUCCCCCGCUAUGCGGACAUUUGGACUUCGCCAAAAGCGGCCACGCCAUCCUAACUAGCGCAGCCUGCUCGUCGAGCGCAGAGCAAAAGUCUUUGCAACCGGUCUACUCGACCUUCUUCAAAGUGUUAAUCAUCGGCACGAUGAAUCUCGGCCCGCCCAGCCUCUACACAUUGUCAUCCAAUGAGUCAAGGUGGAGCAAGCCUAUAAAAUUAACUUUUGUCACUGCUGGGGGGAUCCAUGACUGUAAGCAUCCGGAUGCCAUUGUGUCUCGCGGUAAGGUGCAUUGGAGCGUCUGGAACAGGACAACUUACUCGGAAACCAACGAAGACCCACAACUUGCGGUCACCGCAGAUGGGACGCCCUUGGUGUUACUUCUGUCAAGACCAGGCCUUGAGCUAAAGAUCUGCAUGCAGCAGGACGAAAAGAAGAGUCAUGAUGGUGCUAUUGCCAAGGCCAGGCGGCUCACCACGCGUACUGUCGAGUUGAAACCACCUGGGCAGUUUAAAAGAAGGCCUGAGAAAAUAUACAUGAGAUUGUUAGGAGAGAAGAGUGGCGUGAUGCUACUCAAGGAUAGCUAGAGGCGGAUUUACAUCGCUGGCCUUGAGACGGGAGUGAUGGAGCAAUUUGAGUUGCCCGAUGGUUUUGAUGGGCUUAACCGUCUGAAGGUCGUGUUUUUGGAGAUGGACUGGCCGGCACUAUUUGUUUCCCGUCUUGGCAAGUGGUAGAUCCAUGCAUGUAAGUCGAGUUCACACAAAAAGGCAGCAUGAGGAUUGUUAGGGUUUUUUUAUUCUUGUCAUAUUUCAGAGAUGGGUGGAUUGUGAUCAUCAUC